GCAAGAAGCCUUUUGAUUUUGCUGUGAGAAGAGGUCACAUGUUAACAGCUAAUCGGUUGUUUUCAAUAAUGCAGUCAGUUGAAGAUGUUGCAUUAGAGAAUGUGUGGAAGCUGCUGCAGUGGGCAUGUAGGAAUGAAGUGGAUGUUGCAACAAAGAUUGCAGAGAAGUUUUGUCAAUCAGUGGAGAAGAAGUCUGGUCGCACUUUACUUCACUUUGCUGCUGGACUUGAUCAUCGUGAGGCAGUCGAGUGUCUGUUGGAGAAGAAGGCUGAUGCAGAUGCUAAAGAUAAGGAUGGCAAGAAGCCUUUUGAUUUUGCUGUGAGAAGAGGUCACAUGUCGACAGCUAAUCGGUUGUUAUCAAUAAUGCAGUCAGUUGAAGAUGUUGCAUUAGAGAAUGUGUGGAAGCUGCUGCAGUGGGCAUGUAGUAAUGAAGUGGAUGUUGCAAGAAAGAUUGCAGAGAAGUUUUGUCAAUCAGUGGAGAAGAAGUCUGGUCGCACUUUACUUCACUUUGCUGCUGGACUUGAUCAUCGUGAGGCAGUCAAGUGUCUGUUGGAGAAGAAGGCUGAUGCAGAUGCUAAAGAUAAGGAUGGCAAGAAGCCUUUUGAUUUUGCUGUGAGAAGAGGUCACAUGUCGACAGCUAAUCGGUUGUUAUCAAUAAUGCAGUCAGUUGAAGAUGUUGCAUUAGAGAAUGUGUGGGAGCUGCUGCAGUGGGCAUGUAGGAAUGAAGUGGAUGUUGCAAGAAAGAUUGCAGAGAAGUUUUGUCAAUCAGUGGAGAAGAAGUCUGGUCGCACUUUACUUCACUUUGCUGCUGAACUUGAUCAUCGUGAGGCAGUCGAGUGUUUGUUGGAGAAGAAGGCUGAUGCAGAUGCUAAAGAUAAGGAUGGUAAGAGUCCACACCAACUUGCUGAUGGUGAACUGAGAAGACGACUGAUGAAAGCAAUAGAUGAACAGAAGUAUGCUGUUCUGUAUGCCGAGGGCACAGUGAGACUAGAAAUCAUGAAAUUGUGUUUCAUUGGUAAAGAAGGAGCAGGAAAGACGACACUCAUGAAGGCUCUCCAACGAGGAUUGUUGAAAUGGAUUUUUGCAAACGAGAAUCAAGCAGAUGACCCAACAUGUGAAGAGGAACGCACAAUUGGUAUCAACGUGAUGACAGUCGAUAUUCCAGGAGUGGGUCGCUUGUCAGUGUGGGACUAUGCAGGUCAAGGGCAGUUCCACAAAACACACGGCCUUUUCUUUUCCUCCAACUCGUUCUUCAUCCUGCUAGUGAGUCUAGUGAGAGGAAAGGAAAGAAGACUGUGCAGUGUUGAGGAGUUGCUAGAAGAGCUUCAGUAUUGGCUCUCAUUUCUCAGAGCCAGUUUGGAUGCAGAGUUUAUACCCACAGUGUUGAUAGCUGGCAGUCACAUAGAUUACUGUCCAGGGCGUGAGGGUGUCUUGCAGCGUGUGGUCAAUGACAUGCGUGAGCUGUUCAAAGGCAAGAUCAACAUCAUUGAAGUUUGUUUUGUUCUCGACUGCAGGAGGAGCAGGUCACCUGAAAUGAAACAACUAAAGAAAGUUCUCUGUGAUGUGAAGCAGCAGUUGCAGCAGUCUGCUCCUUUGUAUCCUCGUCUUUGUCAGCCAGUCGUGUCCAAGUUGCUUCCUUCUCUUCGUAAGAAACAAGAAGAUCCGUUCAUGGAGAAGGCAACACUCAUGGAGAGGAUUGAGCAGGAAGCAUGUCCAGGACAAGAGAAGAAGGUUGUAGAGAAGGUAGUUGAUUUUUUAGAUGAUUCAGGAGAGAUUGCUGUUGCCGGUGAUGUGGCAGCUCUCAAUCCUGCAUCUCUACAUCAUUAUGCCAUCGGUCCUCUCAUUGCUUCUGAGGAUUUUAAGUGGCACGUCAAGUCUGAAAGGAAGGAUGGCACAGUAACAAGAGAAGAAGCAGAAACGGCAAUCAAUCGUUUCCGAAAAGAUCAGAGGAUUCAAGUUCAACUCAACACAGAUAAAAUCCUUGCAAUGAGUAAAUCUCUUGGUAUCUGCUUCGAAGUGGAAGGCAGAGACGACACGUACAUGUUUCCAGCUCUCUUGCCUCCUAAGGAUCUGUCUGUCAUGUGGAAGAGAGACGAGAGUAAGAAAGUGUAUGUCGGUCGACGUCAAGUGUGCAGCAGUCAGACGACCAUCUUCAGUCCAUCUGCAUUUGGCAUGUUUCAAUCUAAAGUUUGCACUACAUUAGAUAAGAAAGCACAAUUGUGGAGGAAUGGAAUGAUCACAACACAAGGUGAUACAGUUCAAUUUCAUGUCGAGUGUUUGGUUGCCAUGGUAGAUCCUGUUCGUUCUGUCGACUUUGUCUGUCGUGGAGGUAUGGCAACAGAAGCAAAAUGCAUUUCCCUGCUCGACACUGUCAUGUCUCUUUGGAGAGAUACGUUAGACAGAUACAGUCCAGGCACUGACUAUGAGACUGAAUAUCUGAGCAGAAAGCAUUUAGAGGAACACAAAGAACUGAAACAAGUUGCUGUUUAUGCUGAAGAGAAAAUCCAGAAAGCAGUAGCAACAGGUGAAGGAGCAAAUGCUGUUGUAAAACAAGUAGUUGGUGAUGAGCGAGUUGUAGAAAGUCUUGGUGACUUGCUUGUCGUACCAACUGAAUACUCUAAUGUUACUGUGACAUCUGAUAUGGAAAUGAAUGUUCUAAAAGAAUUAGGACUGGAAGAAGCUUCUCAUUUCAGUCAAAGUUACCAAGCAGGAAACAUGCCUGACUUUAUUUCUAUAAGAAAUGCUGUUGCUAAACACUACAGUAGCAAGUGGUAUGAGAUUGGGCUGAUGACAUUGGAACUCACAGAUGAUGAGAUCAGAAAUGCAACACAUGACAUACUUUCUCCUACUGGUAAAUUGCUUGCUCUCAUUGAGGCAAGGAGGACAAAUGUUGGAGGAAAAAAGACAGCAGAGGACUUGUGGAGUAUGGUUUGUAAUAGCUGAAGAAAUGGAUGGUACUGUACAUUGAAGAAAGGAGAGGCAUGAAACACUAGGGUACAGUAAACGCCGUGCGUAGACCAAGGGACUGACCAACCACGCGCACUAGAGUUAGAUUGUUAUCGCUGGUGACUGUCAGGAGAGGGUAUGUCAUCAAUUAUGUAAGCGUGAUAAUGUGCACAUUGCUAUACAACACAGGAGCUAUACAGGAAACAGGGCGCUAAUGAAUACAAUGACGUCGGACCAGCGAAAGUAUAUAGAAACGUGUGUACUACGUUUUACAAUGCCACUCAAUAGUCUGCUGGUCUACCAGGGACCCUGUUUACAUCUGAUAAGAUACAUAAUAAACUAAUUACCCAACUGACUAAAGAAAAACGACUUAGAGUAUUAGAACAUAGUCUCUGAACACAAGACAGAGACUUCCAUUUGACAGCUCGUCUGUACUCUAGAGAACGCUUGUACUGUAUGCCUCCGUUCUUGGUAUUUUAACAUACAACA